AUGACAUUCAUUGCUUCGAUUUCUGCGGUCAUCGCCGCUUUCACCCUGACUGUGUCUGGCGAUGGGACUCAAAGCCAGCCUUGGGGAUACAGAAUUGACCCUAGUAUGGUCCACUACUCUAAUUGGGCCAAUACCUGGUCGGCCUGCGGCAAUGACCGUCAGUCUCCCAUUAACAUCGUCUCGACUUCAAAGCCUUGCGACGGCGAGAAUUUCUCGCUCACCUUCAGUGGACAGUGCACUCAGUACAAUCUGGCUGAGCCACAUGAACCACUUGAGGCGGACAUUGUUGGAGGUGACUGCACUGCUUCGGCGAACAAUGCAACCUACAAGAUGAAGCAGUUACACAUGCACGCUCCUUCAGAGCACACGCUGGAUGACCAGCAGUUGGACGGUGAAAUUCACUUUGUUCACACGGACUCGGACAGCUCGGCACUUUUAGUGGUGGGCAUCUUCCUCAAGAUUGACUUGACGUCAGACGAAUGGCUGAGUCCUCUCCUUGACGCUUUAGAGAAAGUCAACUCCUCUAUGCACUCGAAUGCGGUGCUGGUGAACCUGGAAUCAUACUCUGCUCUGGUGAUGAAGGCCAGCAGCCGAGGCGUCAUCUACAACUACCCAGGCAGCCUCACGACCCCAAGUUGCGGUGAGACGGUAGACUGGUGGGUGGUGCAGAACCCGAUAUCGAUCUCUCGCACCGACUUUGAUCGUCUUCACCAGGACUUGCUCGAGUACCCUAUUACGGACAACGGUAACAACGCUCGUCCGCCGCAGCCUCUGAAUGGCCGUAUUGUUCAGCGUUAUGUCAUUUAG